UACCUUACUGUGUCUAAUAGGUGCUGGCACUCUAUUUUCCUACAUAUAUAAGGUAUCCCCUUAUACCUUAUUGCUGCAUAGAAGUGCAGUUACACUCUUUUCCUGCACUCCCUCUUUGUAUAUUCUUGCUGCCUAUAAGUGCUGUCACUCUCUUUUCCUACACACUAUCUCUCUGUAUCUUAUUGCAGUCUAUAGGCGCAUUUACACUCUUUUCCUGGAUCCUCUCUCUGUAUCUUACUGUUGUCUGUAGGUUAAGUUACACUGAGUUCUUGCUGCACUCCAGCUCUCACAGUCUACAUAUUGUGAUGAUAGUGUUGCUGUUGCGGGAUUUGAGUCAUGAGGUAGGAUUGAUCCCAGAAUACACUGUGGGCUGGAGUUGAGUUUGAGCUGACAGCAGCAGCUGGAAAUGGCUGAAGUAGGCAGCAGCCUCCUGGAGCAGCUCAAAUCCUGUGUCGCCUGGAGCUGGACUUACUUGUGGACGCUGUGGUUUUUUCUGAUGCUUUUCCUGGUUUACAUUCUACGGGUUCCUCUGAAAAUCAACGACAAUCUGAGUACAGUGAGUAUGUUUUUGAAUACAUUAACCCCCAAAUUCUACGUUGCUCUGACAGGCACAUCAUCUUUGAUCUCCGGGCUUAUUCUUAUAUUUGAGUGGUGGUAUUUUCGAAAGUAUGGAACAUCAUUUAUUGAGCAGGUAUCAGUCAGCCACUUACGACCCUUGCUUGGUGGGGUGGACAACACUGCCCCCAGUAACUCCACCUCCAAUAAUGGAGAGACUGAUUCCAACAGACAAAGUGUAUCAGAAUGUAAGGUGUGGCGGAAUCCGCUCAAUUUAUUUAGAGGAGCAGAAUACAAUCGGUAUACAUGGGUAACGGGAAGGGAGCCUCUGACAUAUUAUGACAUGAAUCUUUCUGCACAAGAUCAUCAGACUUUCUUCACUUGUGAGACUGACCACUUACGGCCUGCAGACGCUAUAAUGCAGAAAGCUUGGAGAGAGAGGAACCCACAAGCAAGAAUUUCAGCAGCACAUGAAGCCUUAGAGUUAAAUGAGGUAUUUUACCAUUGGCGUCCGCUGCUAGAGCCGCUGCAAGCAAAGAGAAGGACCCAAAAUGGAAUAAACUUCACAAUGUGUGCCACUGCCUAUAUUCUUUUGGCUGAAGAAGAAGCCACUACUAUUGUGGAAGCAGAACGACUUUUUAAACAGGCACUGAAAGCAGGGGAGGUUUGUUAUAGGCGUAGCCAACAACUGCAACACCAUGGAGCUCAGUAUGAAGCACAGCACAGGAGGGACACAAACGUGUUAGUUUACAUUAAGAGAAGAUUGGCAAUGUGUUCAAGAAAACUGGGAAGGACAAGAGAAGCAGUAAAAAUGAUGCGGGAUCUUAUGAAGGAGUUUCCCCUUCUCAGUAUGUUCAACAUCCAUGAAAAUUUACUGGAGGCACUUUUAGAGCUACAGGCCUAUGCUGACGUGCAAGCUGUUUUAGCCAAAUAUGACGACAUUAGCUUACCAAAGUCAGCAACAAUAUGUUACACGGCGGCACUACUUAAAGCAAGAGCAGUCUCUGACAAGUUUUCACCAGAGGCUGCCUCAAGGCGAGGGCUGAGUACUGCAGAGAUGAAUGCUGUCGAAGCAAUACACAGGGCAGUAGAGUUUAACCCACAUGUACCUAAGUAUUUAUUAGAAAUGAAAAGUUUAAUACUUCCACCAGAACAUAUUUUGAAGAGAGGAGACAGUGAAGCAAUAGCAUAUGCAUUUUUCCAUCUUCAACACUGGAAACGGGUAGAAGGAGCUCUCAACCUAUUACAUUGUACCUGGGAGGGAACUUUUCGAAUGAUCCCAUAUCCCCUGGAAAAAGGUCAUCUUUUUUAUCCAUAUCCAAUUUGCACAGAGACCGCAGACAGAGAGUUGCUGCCAUCGUUUCAUGAAGUUUCAGUGUAUCCCAAGAAGGAGCUUCCAUUCUUCAUCCUCUUCACAGCCGGCCUGUGCUCUUUCACUGCCAUGUUGGCUCUUCUCACACAUCAGUUUCCAGAACUCAUGGGAGUCUUUGCAAAAGCCAUUUUUACAGCACCCCACCAGCAGGAUUGCAGGCGGGCUCUACAAAACUCUGAGAACAAUUUGUACACUGCCCGCCUAGCGCCAUCCUCACUAGGAGAAAACAGGUGCCAGACAAACUGCAGGCGGAAGUACUCAUCAUCGCUGAACACCAUCUUUGAAAUGCAGUUGUACCGACAGACAGAUACUCAGCCCAGGGCUGCCCUGCACAGUUUAUGACAUUUGUCCUGAACAUGACCGAUAAGAGGAAAUUGGCACCCACUUUGUGGACAGUCCACAGGGAGGAUGGGGUGAUGCAGAGAAGAGUGUCCUCUUCCCACUGGACCCAUCACUGAAGGCCAUACCAACAGACCAAGCCUGGUACGAGGUCCCACAUGGGUCAAUGCAAUCCCAACCAUUUGGAGAACUGCCCAGGGUUGCAGGAAGAAGCUCAGUGAUAUUCUUCCCAGGGUAAGUGCCACCAUCUUCUCUCUGCUCCUUUGUAUUUACUCUUUCUCCGUGAUCCCGUCAAGCCCCGUGCUCUGCCACUUUGACUAUUUCAUGCAACAUCUUCGUCCACUCGCGCUCACCCACCUCAUUCCCCCUGCAUGUUACUAAACUGGAUGGUGUCUAUACUGUCGUCUUACUCACUCAGGGCACCUCACCAGCUCUCCCCCUCCUGCACCAGUACUAACAGCUGGGCCAAACUCACUCAAUCCCUCCCUUUUCGUAUUCAAGGUUAAAACAGCCUAUUAGAGAACCUAUUACAGUGGCGAGCCUGACGUGUGUCUCCUCAACCCCCAUAAGGAGACAAUCCUGGCCCUCGCCAGGGAAGAUUAGGACAGCUCCUGUGGGGAUGUGGAAACCACCAUGUGGCAGCAGUGAAGUAAGAUGUGUUGUUCAUUGUCAUGCGACCUUCCCAUUGCCCCCACUAUGCCUUUCAUAUUAACAUACUAUAAUGUC